GGAUACGAUUUAGCCUGUAAGCCAUAAUGAAGUUCCUUGGCUCUUUCCCACACAUCGGCCAGCAGAAAGGUAUUCGUUUAGCCUAGUCAUAAGAGACACCUUUCAUGAUUUUUCUGUAGAUUACAAAGAAGAAAAUCAGAAGUGAAUUUAGUACUUCAGGUAAAUGCAGCAACACCAAAUGAUCGAUCAAAAGAUCACGGAGCUCUUGUCGCCAAGUCAGCCACACCAGCUGAUAUUUUGAGAUCGGCUAUUCAAGGAAAAGAAAUGACAGAACUUCGACAUAUUAUACACGAACUGAGGACAUUUGACAGUAUGAGUACCAAAGAAAAGAUUGACCAGUUAGCAGUUAAGUGUGAUCAGUUGAAAGUGAAGUUAACAAAACGUAACACAGAUCUUCGACGUGCGUUGAUGCGGGUAUCUGAACUGGAAAAUAAAGUAAACAGCAAACUGAGUAAUGGAUCACACAGAUCACCGCAUGAGUUUCACGAGUUCAAGCAGUGUCGCCCAUUUUAUAACAGCAAAAUUAAGCAGAGCAGCGGCGACGAAUCCUUUACAAUUGACGAAGGUAGAAAACGCAACUGUGCCAAAGGGAAUGUCAGAAGACAGACAAAAAAAACUCCAGUGGUAGAGAAAAAUGGAAAAAUAAAACGUAGAAACGUUAUAAUACCAGGUAUUUCUAUAAAUGGACAAGUACAGGAAGAGCCUAGACAAUUCGUAUUCGAGCUUAGGGCAGAGGAGAAUGAUGCAUCUGAGACUUCUGAGGAAAUUGAUGGAUUUCCUCUGCCAGGUACUCUUCUUUCGGUUGAUAGCUUAGAGCUUGACCGCCAAGGAGCAGAAACUGACGCUUGUCUAAGUGACGGUAGUUGGGAGAGUGAUUGAAAAAGCAUAAAAAUCAUCGCCACCAAUAUCGUGGUUCAGAAACUAUAAUGAAGUACAAUAACAAUUAAUAAAAAUUAUAACUCUAAUAACAGAUGAUUCAUUAAACGUGUACACCGCCCUCUGGACUCUGUACUCAUUAUCUGUGGCUCUACUCAUUAUGCGUGUAUAAUAUCCCAACUCAUGUUGAAACUUCGACCGGAAGCUACUUUUUUAACGUAGGAUAGUUUGGGACGCUAAUGCACUUUAGUACAGUAACACUUCUCUCUUCAAAAAUAGUAAUGUUACCUACUGUGCGCUCCUAACGAUAUCUGACAAAGAUUUGUCAUCCAGUUCUGCCACUAAUAACGCCAGAUUUUAACAUUUUAUUUCUAAAACCACGACUUUCAAUGUCUAAUACCAUAGCUCCAUCCUUCAUCCUUGUGUUCAACGACAAUAUGAUGGCGAAUUGGUGAUCAAACCUAAUUCUGUUGUCAGAAUUCAAAAUUUAUAUGUGUUAGAGUUGCCAGAAUUAGUUUAGUAAAUCAAAAUCAAGCGUCAGAUUCUGAACUUAUCUGUAGAGCGAUGACAAGUUCGAUGGCUCGUGAGAGAAGGGAAAAGGAAGGCAACAAAAACAUGCAUACAUUAUUUAAUGAAAGAAUGUAUAAAUAAAUUAAUAUAUGAAGGUCCUAAAUACGAUGUAUUGGUAUUGGUACGGUCAAUUAUAUUGCGCCUCUUCCUUGCGGUUCUUUUCCCUGGUCAUUGGGUCUACAUGCUAAGUGUUGCUGCUGGUAAUCAGCGCAGGAGCAGGUAACCCCACCAGGUUUCUGGGUGAAGAGUAAAGUGUCUUGCCUAAGGACACAAGCGAAAUGCACAGCGAGGGGAUUAAAUCCAUCUUUGAGGACCUCGGGGUCCUCAAAGAUUAUUACAACCCUGGUUGUAAUAAUGCCUAUGAUUAACAAAUAAUUAGUUGAUUGAUUGAGUG